CGCGCGCUCGCCGUACUUCCGCUUCCGGUCCGCGAGCUGCGGGGCCCGGGUGCUGCUCCGGGCGCUGAGGAGGGGGCUCCGGUCUCCUGUCCCUUAGAUUGCGGCUCCAGCCUGGGGUGGGAGCCUCAACACGGCCGCUCUGCAUCCUCCAGGCCUCCUGUCCCUUUGAUUGGGGCUCCAGGCUGAGAGCUUUGUGGGUCACACUCGUAGGCUUGGUGCUGCUCAGCAAGAAGGCUGUAAUGUCUCUGCCGGAGUGGCACAUCGCGGUGAAGCUGGCGGAUCAGCCACUGGCUCCCAAAUCCAUCUUACAUUUGCCGGAGACGGAGCUGGGAGAAUGCCCGCUGGGUGGAUGUAGCAUCGCAAACCUUAAGCAGCUCAUCACAGGCAAACUGCAGGAGUCUGUGCCAGACCCCGAGCUCAUUGAUCUGAUCUACUGUGGCCGCAAGCUGAGAGAUGACCAAACGCUUGAUUUUUAUGGCAUCCAGUCUGGCUCCACUGUCCAUGUCCUGCGCAAGUCCUGGCCUGAGCCUGACCAAAAACCAGAACCAGUGGAUAAAGUGGCAGCAGUACGGGAGUUCCGGGUCCUCCACACUGCCCUGCACAGCAGUCCUGCCUACAGAGAUGCCGUCUUCAAGAUGCUGGGGAACAAGGAGUCACUGGACCAGAUAAUUGUGGCUACUCCCGGCCUCAGCAGUGACCCUGUUGCUUUAGGAGUCCUCCAGGACAAGGAUCUUUUUUCAGUGUUUGCAGACCCCAACAUGCUGGACACGCUGAUCCCAGCCCACCCUGCACUUGUGAAUGCCAUCGUACUUGUUCUGCACUCAGUGGCUGGCAGCACCCCACUCCCAGCCCCAGAGACGUCCUCCCGAGGCAUGUCCUCUGGCUCCUACCGGGACAUGCCAGGUGGCUUUCUGUUUGAAGGUAUCUCUGACGAUGAAGAUGACUUCCACCAGAGCACGAGAUCUACACCAUCCAGCAGCACUUCUGGUUCUCGCCCAGCUUCCCUUGGCUACACCGGGGCUGCUGGACCCCGGCCGAUCACUCAGAGCGAGCUGGCGACCGCGCUGGCACUGGCGAGCACCCCAGAGAGCAGCUCCCACACGCCCACCCCUGGCACUCAGGGUCACUCCUCUGGGACCUCCCCAAUGUCGUCCAGUGUCCAGUCAGGGACACCCAUCACCAAUGACCUCUUCAGCCAAGCCUUGCAGCAUGCCCUGCAGGCCUCAGGGCAGCCCAGCCUGCAGAGCCAGUGGCAACCACAGCUUCAGCAGCUGCGAGACAUGGGCAUACAUGAUGAUGAGCUAAGUCUCCGAGCCCUGCAGGCCACUGGAGGGGACAUUCAGGCUGCCCUGGAGCUCAUCUUUGCUGGUGGGGCUCUCUAGGGUUUUGGACAGGAGAGACUGGGCUGGUGCGUUGUAGUGAGGCAGCUGUGACAUUCCUUAGUCUGGGGUUUGGCCCUGAAACCUUUUCUCUGCCCUGGGGUUCCUCUUCGCAGCACGGAGCAGUUGGGGUGGCUGCUCCUUUCCUUGCAAGUGGGCAGCGUGCCUCUGUUUAAGAGCAUUGACCAUGCUGAGGGCAGCCCCUCAAGCUCCAGAGACCUCUCUCCAGCCUCCUCCUUCCAAUCACCAGAGGAAGAGACCUCAGAACUUUGUCCAGCAAGGAGAAAGAGGUGGCUUUGUGUCUUGGAAACCUACCGUUCUGCAGCCUUAGAUCUGCCAACACAUUCUCCUGCCUGUUGUUUCAUUCUCGGCUGCCUGCCGUGCCUCAGUUGAGCUUGUUUUGCUGUUGUGCUCCCUCUGUGUUUAACUAUUAAAUGCACUGAGUUCACUUGCUUGUUGUUUGGGGGGUUGUGUUCCACGUCUUCAAGGCAAUGUGCUCAUUACAUGGUGGCUGGAGGAAAGGCUGUACCUGCUCUAGGGCAGCAGAGGGCACUCCUCUUACAGAGCAAACCUGCAUCUGUUAGGAGAGCAGUGUUUUGUAGAAUCAGAGUCGUUAGGUUGGAAAGCACCUUUGACAUCGAGUCCAACCAUACCUGUCCACUACUGAACCAGAUCCCUGAGCACCUCAUCUGCCCGUCUUUUAAACCCCUCCAGGGAUGGAGACUCUACCGCUGCCCCGGGCAGCCUUUGCCAGGGCCUGAGAACCCUUUCUGUGAGGAAACUUUUCCUGAUGCCUAAUCUGAAAUUCUUCUGGUGCAGCUUGAGGCCCUUUCCUCUUGUCCUAUCGCCCAUCACUUGGAAGAAGAGACCAAGACCCUCCUCACCACAACCUCCUUUCAAGCAGUUGUAGAGAGUGUUAAGGUCUGCCCUCAGCCACCUUUUCUCCAGGCUAAACAACCCGAGGUCCCUCAGCCACCUCUUAUAAGGCUUGUACUCCAGCCCCUUCUCCAGCUUCUUUGCCCUUCUGUGAACAUGCUCCAGUCUGGGCUGUAGUUGACCUGCGUAGACACUCUGCCCUCAGUUAGGCCAAUAAAAAAGAACUAUUUGUGUUACAGAUUUCCAGGAAAGAGCUUUGGAGAAGCAGUGUCUCCCCCUUAGUAGAAGCUUGUUUGUUUUCAGUUGUGUUCAGUGAGGCUGGUGUUGUCCUGCAAGCUGACAAGGUGUGCAGGAGUUCACAGCCACUACAAGGUGACAGUAAAAAAUGACAAGCCAUGAGGGUUGAGGCAGUUUCCAGAGUGUGAGGUGCUGCCAACUAACUUGAGAGAAAUGCUUUCUAUUUAAACAAUGAGGUGCUCAGAGAUGUGGUUUAGUAGGACAGGUACCUUUGGACUCGAUCUCAAAGGUCUUUUCUAACCAAAUGGUUCUAUGAUUCUUCUCUCUGACACAGGUUAGUCCGUCUACAGCCAGGGUUUUCCAAAGUGCCUUCUAAUCCUGGGUGUUCCUUUCGAGGUGCCUCAGACCUGAGCCACGAAGACAAUCAAAGGCUGUAAUUACAGCCAGUGGGAGCUGUGAGCAGCCAGAACCAGAGCUGGGCUUGGCUUUGCUCCGAUUGUUCUGUCGAGAUUAACAAGGCAUGAAAACUGCUUUGCCUGAAAUGCCACCAUGCGUUAGUAGGGAAGCUAAAAGCAGAGAAAUGCUUCCCUACCUCCAGGCUGCCUGUGCUCCUCUAAUUCCUCUCCCAGUGCUAGGAUCACUUGCUGAUACGAUCUCAGCUAUCACCAUGCUGGAUUGUUCUCCGCAGGGUAGCCCAUUGACUGAUAGACUUUAAUCCUCUCUAGAGGAUUAAGUCUCUUGGAGGGAGGGACUUUUUUAUUUUUCAAUAUGUAGGAGAUAAGACAUGAUGGACAUAACCGGCUUUGGUGACUUGAUACAGCAUCCAGGUUACUGCCCUCGUUACCUACCUUGGAAACCCAGUCCAGCUGAUGGCUGUAGUUUUACGCAUAUAAAAACUGAUUCAUUUCUGCCUGUCCUUGAUGCCUCCGCUCUUUGCUUUGCUGGGGGAGCAGAUAAGCCCAAUACUCAGCAUCCUCCCUCUCUUCCCCACUGGGGAGACAAGCCCUGCUGUCAGCUCUCAAUCCUCCCAGCCUAGCUGGGGAUUAGCUGUAUCACAGAUGCUGCUGCCCAGAGCAGGAAAUCGCCUUUACAGGCUCUCACAGACCUGCUCAGAGCUGGCAGGACUUGCUUUGGGCCCAGGGCGACUUGUUCAGACCAGUGUGGGACUUUAGUAUCGCUAAAUGGUAUUUCUCUUCUCUCUGACAUUGCUCUUAUUUGAUCACUUUGACCCAUGUUGUGGAUUAAAUACUUUCUUCUGUUAUAAUCACUAUUUCUGCUUCUUCCUGUGCCCCUAGAUAAUCGAGAAUUGCCUGGAUGCGUGGUAUGCACAGAACUUCAUUCCCAUUUCUUUCCCAAACUGUGUUACUUGGCUUGCAGUACCACAUCAGACACAUUCUCUGUCUGAACCGGCAGAGAAGAACUUGGCACCGUUGUUGUUCACGACGCGACUGAU